AUGCAGCAGGAGUCCGAGAAGACGACGUGUGACCGGGAGCCCAUGCCGAACGGAGAGGCCAUGAGUCCGGACGUGCAGGACUCGAAAGGUUCGGUGGGAGAUGAGGACAACCAGGGUGUGGCUCCCUCAGCGCCACCGCUGCCCCAGGAAGAUCUGUCUUCUGGGCAUCCUCCGUGUCCUAGGCCCAAGUUAGUCUUUCACACGCAGUUGGCUCAUGGAAGCCCGACGGCACGCAUUCAUGGAUUCACUAAUGUGAGGGAACUGUACGCCAAGAUUGCCGAGGUCUUCAACAUCUCAGCGUCUGAGAUCCUUUUCUGCACGCUGAAUUCCCAUAAAGUUGACAUGCAGAAGCUUCUGGGAGGUCAGAUCGGCCUGGAGGACUUCAUCUUUGCUCAUGUGAGAGGAGAAGCCAAAGAGGUGGAGGUGAUCAAGACAGAAGAUGCGCUCGGCCUGACCAUCACAGACAAUGGGGCGGGUUAUGCCUUCAUUAAAAGGAUAAAGGAAGGCAGCACCAUUGACAGAAUAAAACCGGUGUGCGUUGGCGAUCACAUCGAGGCCAUAAAUGACCAGAGUAUUGUGGGAUGUCGACAUUACGAAGUUGCAAAGAUGCUGAAGGAGCAGCCGAGAGGAAUUCCCUUCACACUGCGUCUCGUGGAGCCCAAGAAAGCUUUCGACAUGAUAGGCCAACGGACGAGGGCUCCCAAAUCCAGCGAGGGCAAAAUGGUGACAGGGAAAGAGACCCUUCGGCUACGGUCCAAAGGAGGAGCGACCGUCCAGGAAAUGCCCAAUGAGUUGGAAGACACGGUCAUCAGAAAGGUGGAUGAGCUUUUGGAGAGCUACAUGGGAAUCCGGGAUGAGGAGCUCGCGACCACCAUAGUGGAAGCCGGGAGGGACAAAAAGAACGCCAACGAUUUCGCAGAGGCGCUCGACUCUGUUCUGGGUGACUUUGGGUUUCCUGACGUCUUUCUGUUUGACGUGUGGGGUGCUCUCGGAGACGUAAAGAACAAACGUAUUUAGAGCGGAUCUGAUGGUUCAGGCUGAUUUGUGACGUCUGUCAGCCAUUUUCGUACACAAUCCUCCUGAUUCCCAUGCCGGUCCUGAAGAAUGUAAAAUGUCAAGGAAUUCCAGGCUGAAAUCCAACAUUCUUGCUUGUCGAGC